AUGUCUCUGUCGGAUGGAAUACAAUCCGCACUGCACAGCAAGGCUGCUGUCACCAUUAACCAUUUACCUAAUGAGGUUCUUGUCCAAAUUUAUCAUUACUUGUCAGAUCUGCAGGACCCAGUGUUACCAAUUGAAAUCCACGACAAUCUUCCUCCACAGGAGCUUCAAUAUGGUGUCCGGCAGUAUAACGAUCUGAUCCUGACACAGAACUAUACGGCCGUAACGCUCCGUCUCGUGUCUCGUCGCUUCAACCAUCUCUUCCAACAAUUCAUUAUCAGAAACAUCGUCAUCGUGCAAAGUAAACUGUUUCUUUUACAGGAGAGGACUGAAACUCCCGUCGAGAUGCAGUCCAGCCGGCAGUUCAUGGAAGCCGAGAAUCUUGCUAAAUCGAUGGAGAGACUGCGCAACCUGAUGAACCUGAACCCAGAACUCGGAAAGCGCUGCAAGUCGUUGUGUCUCGCUUACAAACAAGUCAAAGUGCCCGUUCGCAUCCCAGGCCAGCCCGAUGCAAAUGAAGGAUGGAUCCCACCGGAAGGCCUAGUCCGAGAUUUAGACAUCUAUAACAGAGGCGAAAUUUUUGAAGGAUUCCGUCACGAGUUCCAACUUGAGAGAACGAUCAUUCCGGACCCAUUGUGGCUGAACAACAACAUAUACAGUUGUUUCAGCCAGGUGACUGAUGUUCAGCUUCACUCCAAUCAUUUUGGAAAUGUACUUCCCGACAUGACACCAGCGCUUUCGUCUUUCCCCAAUCUCACCACGCUCCGUGUCACGGGGAAAGUUGACUAUGCAUCCUUGAUCGAGCAACUUGUAGAAAUUCUCACACCAUCCUCAGCUCUACAGACAUUGGACCUGUCUCGCGCCCCCGCGGAUUAUUGGAGUCACGGAUUUGCAAGAAUAGCCGAAACGCUCAUGGCGAGAACAGCACCCUUUACAAGACUCCUCACUGGCCCAGACACAUGUCCUCGCAUACUUGAGAGUCUGGUUGCUUGGCCUAGACGACUUGAAAGGCUGGUCUUGCAAACUAGCUUUUCGCAAAUGAAUCUUAAUUGGGGCCGCGGCGUGCAAGAGAUACUUGACGGGCAGAAAGAUUGUCUUACCCACCUCCGGUUUCAGGGUAAGUAUGAAUUGGGCUUGACAGGUUUUGAUUUGAGAGACUUCCCUUGCUUGGAGCACCUUGCCCUUGACAGCGCAACCAUAUCCAACCGCGAUCCGCGUCGGCGUGACGGCAGUACCUUGCCUGACCUCGAACAACGCAUACUAGCCCCUCGUCUUCGUAGCCUCCUAUGGGUCAUGCCGGCUGAGCAACCCGAAUCCGGGGACUUCUUCGGACCUGACAAUCAGAGCCGACUCGAAAACGUACUAUUCAGUCUUGGCAGGAAACGAAUUGAAUACCAGGAAUCUGGAAAAGAAUGGACUUUAAAGAGAAUAUGGCUACAGACUUUGGCAGAGCCGCUUGAAAGUCUUCCUGCAGAUGCUCAAGACAGCUUUGCAUCUCACCUAAAAUGGAUCUCACGUUCCGACCAAUUUUGUCGGGGACCAGAGGGACCGACUUUACAACAUGUACCGCUACCCAAGGGAGGUAUGGGUGCCAAUGCCUCCCCGCGCGGAUCCUUUUCUCAGCUGGACGAAGUCUGGUCUUGGGAUGAUCAUGCCCGGACUAUCUAG